AAGUUCGAGUACGGUGUUCCGUAUAGAGACAAAUCGUGCACAAUAUCUUGGGAAAUUUUUUAUUUGAAUUAAACUUGUGCUUAAUUGAUGGUUCAAAUAGACCGAAAUUAGAAAAAAGUGAGCCUACUUGACAAGAAAUUUAAAAUCGACAAAUGUCAGUUGUAAUUUCGGAGCUGCUCCGAAAGUGCUCCGACACUUGAUCUUUGUUUUGAUCAGCAGAAUUAAAUCGGUUAUCUUUGUUAUGUAUGGUUGAUAAACUUGUAGAUAAAUCUGACAGGACGCGUUUUUGCGGCUCUGCUUUCAAAAUUUUCAUAAAAUAAAGUGCACAGUAGUGUCCACAUUAAGGUGUCUCGCAGCUGUUUUCGAACAAUACCUCGCUCUUUUGUCAUUAUGAACUCGGCUUAACGCGCAUAUAAGCCUUAGCAUUGGUCAUCGAAGCUCGCCAAAUAUUUCAAACGCCAUACUUUUCCAUACUUUUAUACGAAUUUCCCAUGACGUUUUUUCAUGAUCAUGAUGAUAGGUCAAUUGUUAAUAAACCCAAUUUUUGAAUCGAGCGAAUAAGCGAAUACACGGCUAACGUCAUAAUUACAGCACUGGAUGAAAAGCACGUACGAGUGUCUCUAUUAAUACUGUAGAGAGUCAAGUGCGAUUCACCCCACCCUACUUUAACGCGAGAGCUUGGAAAUCAGCUGAUGGACUGAUAGCUGUAUAUGUGUUAUUGUUAAGUUGCAAUGGAAUUGGAGAAACUGAAGUCGUAUCAGCAAGUUUUAUUGAAUCAAGUGUAUUCUCAGAAACUCCAACAAAAUGAAGAAAACAUCAAAACUUGGAAGCAAUACAAAGAUAAACAUGUCAAAAUUAUUGAAGGAUUACAAACACUUGUACAUGAGUUAACAUUAAACUGCAUGGUGCCUUUAGGAAAACGAGCAUUAAUGAAGGGAAAAUUGACGCACACAAAUGAAAUACUUGUUUGCAUCGGCGAUGGAUACUUUGUAAAAUACAGUGCUCAACAGGCGAUUGAGUUAUGCAAUCGUAGGAUAAAACGUUCUGAAGAAAUGUUGCAAAAGUAUGAGGAGGAAAGAAAUUUGUAUGAAAUACGUCAGAUGCUACCAUUAGAUUAUGGUGCAUUUGAAUUAGGUGAUUGUAAGGAAGUAAUUGAACAUUGGGAUGAUCAGAAAAUAGAAGACUGGAGAGUUGAACACAGAAAAAGAGAAAAAGAAUAUAGAAAAAAAUUAAUUGAAUUAAAAGAAACUGAAAAAGUAGAAAUUGUUACAGAAGAUGAUUUGUUCAACAGACUUGAUCAGUUAGAACUUGAAGAAGAACUGGCUGACGAGUUCAAUAGAUUAGACGAAGAGCAUAAAAAAUUUUAUGGUACAAGUUUAGGAGAUGAAGAAGAUGCUGAAUAUGAACAAUCAGAAGAAGGAGAAAAUGAAGAAGAAGAAGAAGAAGAAGAAGAAGAAGAAGAAGAAGAAGAAAAGAAAAAAGAAGAAGAUAAAGAAGAAGAGAAAGAAAAAGAGAAAAUAGCAGAAAAGGAAGAAGAAAAGAGUAAUGUAUUAAAAGAAAUAGUAGCUAGUAUAUCAAAUAAUAAGAAGUUAAGCUCCAUUGUACAAAUAGAUCAAAAUAGACAAGUAAAAUUAUCAGAUAUAACCCAAACUAAACAGAAAGCAGAGAUGAAAGAAAUAGCAGAGAUAACACCAAAAGUAGUUGAAAAAAGGAUUAUACCUGUUAUGAAGGAUAAUAAAAUAAACGGGAAAUUCGAAGUGUCUAUUAUAAAAGAAGAUGAGGUACAGAAAAUGUUGGGAAAACCAAGUGUAUCAUUGGAUUCCUGUACAUCAACACAUAAAACUGUCACAUUUGAGACCAGUAGAAAAAAGAGAAGACGUAUAAGAACAUUUUCUUUUGAGGAUUCGGAUAGUGCAGAACCAGAUGUUGAAAGUAGAAAAACAAAAAGUUCAGGGAGAAGGGUAUCUUUUGCUGAACCUCAUUUUACAGUAAAGCCUUCUUCUGAUCAAGAUAAUGAUUCAGAAGUAGAAAAUACAACGAAUUGCAGCUCAGCAGAAUCUGGAAACAUAAAUGAUGAUGAUGAUGAUGUUGAUAAUAUUAUACAAAUAGAAUUCAAACAUUCUGAAAGAGAUUCUUUGAGUCUUGAAGGUACUGAAAAUAUAAUUUCAAGUCCACAAGAUAUUCAUAGAAUUUUCUGCAAGCCCAAAUCAAUCCUUAAAAGACCUUUGGAUAGGUGUUAUCCUUCUAAUUUUGCAACAGCAGCUGAGACUUUGGAAGAAGAAGAAGAAGAGCCCGAAACCAAUAGUAUGAUUGAACCUGAUAGUGCUGUAAGAUCAAUGUAUAAUAUGGUGGUUCAAGAUAUACAAGAAAGAAAACCCGAAAAUAAAAUAACUGAGUCUAAUGAGCCAACAACUAAGAAAAGGCCAGUUAGUAGAUUUAAGCUCGAACGGACAAACUUGAAGAAUAAAAUAUCAAAAUGAUGUAAAAUCUUGUUAUGGUAGUGCAUCAAAUUUUAAGUUACUGUGAUUACAUAACUGUUUGAAUUCAGUAUAGCAUACCAAUGGUACUGAAUUAUGCUCGAAUGAAAUUCAUUCUCUUGAAAAAAAAAACGUCGCUAUAUUUCUAUUCAAGAACAGGAAUGUUAUCAAAGAGUGUCUUUGAAACUAUUGUUCAGUAUGAAAUUAUGUUGGAAAUAUUUGUUAAAAAUUCCCUUCAUUCGUUAUAAAAUGAGCGCAUAUUUUUUUAUAAUCUUCGAUUGGAACCUAAUCAGUCCAACGUUUAAAAAGAAUCGAAAGAGUAUUUAAUUUCCAUUAUCUUUCCGGCCGUUCGCAGUCUCAGCAAGUGGCCGCAGUUUUUUUUUAUUACAGCGAGAGGUCACUCUUCAAAGUGGAGCAUGUGUGCUAACAACGUUGCACUUUGACGAGCAGUAUAAGAAUCAUUAAUUACCGGCGAAUCGCGUAUUUCUAGUACUGCGAUGUUUGUAUCGUUGAUGCAAAUAAUAUUAUUUACCUGCCGAUCUA